GCAGCUUCACAAUUCAACAGAAGUAAACAUUGUCACACAGCUCACGAAUCAUUGACGUCACGAAGCCAUCCGUCCAUCCGUCCUUCCGUCACAUCCGAAAAUGCUGCAACCACUAUAUAAUGGCAGCUACCUCCCCCCCAUGUUGAUCAAACUCUACACAGGCUAACAUGGCAUCCACCACAACUGCAAGCCCCUUGGUAUCCCACUUCAACAUCUUGUCACUCUAUAAUGUUCUUUGGCAGCAGCAGGACUACUCUGUCCUGAGGCAGUUCAAAUGUAACGUUCCAGAUCUGGAGGAGCAAGAACAGGUGCAUCCGUUCAACUUCAACGCCAUUGAUCUAUCUCAAUGCCCUGGUGCCAAGCUACCUAAUGGGGCGACCUCGAUGAUAAUCCGCUCGGCGUAUGAGACCUUCUUCUACAACGUCUUCAUGAACGAGCGCAAUAUUGUCAUUCAUGGGUCGGCUGGUAUCGGGAAGACAUAUUUCCUGUUAUACGCCCUCGUCAAGCGACUUCUUUCUCGCCAGCCAGUCACCUACCAGCUCAACCAAUCAGACUCGAGGGUCUUGUGCUUCACUGCCGAUGGCUUCUUCGUUCUCCCAGAGGAGAACAGCGAAUAUCACCCGCUGUUCCAACGUGAAGAUGUGCUGCACCUAAUCGACAGCACUCAAGAAGAUACCAUUACACAUAUAAACACCGAGCACACUCGUGCUUUGAUGCGGGGCACGUGCGGCAAGGCUAUCUUCACCACGUUCUGGCCAGACAACCUGGACCUUGAUAUCGAAUGGUUGCCUGAGUAUAAUGUUGUACUUCGGAAGUGGAUGAAGCCGUGUACCUUUGAUGAGAUCUUUGCGAUGAGGUAAAUGAAUUCAUCACAUAUCAGCUCUCGCUGACCGUCGCGGUUAGUACUCUGAUUCUAGGCCAGCACGAAGCCAAAGCCAAGCCCUUGCGAUGGUCGUACAUCCAUUUCGGCUCCAAUGCACAUGCUUGCUUGCAAGCAUCGCAACAUGCCAGCGAUGCUGAUUAUUAUCUCAAGGAGCUU